AGCAUCUCGCCGGGCGCUCUGGCCGGCGCCAGCCCUCGGGCCGGAUGAUCGGGCGCCUGUGACCGGCCGCCGUUUCCCCGGCCCGGCGCAGCCGCCGCCCGCGCGCGGGUCGCGCCGGGACCCGCACAGAUUGAAGAAAUAUGGAUACCAAUAGGGAACUGGUUAUCAGCACUACUUGUACCAGCUUUUUCACCUUUCAGCUUCUUUUCCACUUUGUAAGUUAUUGGUUUUCAGCAAAAGUUUCUUCAGGUUUUAAUAAUCUCAGCCUCGAAAAGAAGAUUGAAUGGAACUCAAGGAUAGUAUCUACAUGCCAUUCUUUGGUGGUUGGGGCUUUUGGUCUGUACAUUUUCUUCUCUGAUGAGGCUACUAUAGCAGAUCCACUUUGGGGCGAUCCAUCACUUGUGCAUGUGAAUAUUGCUAUUGCUUCAGGCUACCUCAUUUCUGAUUUGUUGAUUCUCAUUUUGUAUUGGAAAGUGAUUGGUGACAAAUUUUUUAUUGUUCAUCAUUGUGCGGCGCUCUAUGCAUACUUCUUUAUACUGAAAGAUGGAGUGUUGGCAUACGUUGGGAAUUUCCGCCUGCUUGCAGAGCUUUCCAGUCCCUUUGUGAAUCAGCGGUGGUUCUUUGAAGCUCUGAAGUAUCGGAAAUCUUCCAAAGCUAACGUCAUCAAUGGAGUACUCAUGACGGUAGUGUUCUUCAUCGUGCGGAUUGCCUCGAUACCUCCUUUGUAUGGCUUCAUAUAUUCCGUGUAUGGAACAGAACCCUACAUAAGGCUGGGAUUUUUAAUCCAAAGUUCCUGGAUCUCUACUUGUGUUGCUUUGGAUGUGAUGAAUGUCAUGUGGAUGAUCAAAAUUUCAAAAGGGUGCAUCAGAGUCAUCUCUCUCAUCAGACAAGAGAAAGCUGAAAGUAGCCUUCAGAAUGGAAAACUUGACUAAAGAUAUGCUCCUGAUAAGCGAACUUUAUUACUACCUGGCAUUAUAUCUGCUGAUAGGAUGAAUUAUUGGCAUGUUUUUGUGCUUCUUUAUUAAUUAUAAUUGUUAUCCAGGGUUUCAGUGUCAUUUUUUACCUUUAGAAAAGAGAAACUAAAAUUUAGUUCCCAUUCCAAGAUUUAUUUUCUGCUUUUCUUCUGCAUUAUUUAUAAGCAUCGAUAAAAUCUUAAAGGUUUAAAUAAAAUAUUGUAAAUAUAGUGGUGAAUCUUUUCAGACAUCACUUAACCUGCAUUGGUAUUGUUCUCUGUGAAAGAUGGCUAUGAUGAUUUGGUACACUUGGUUUUAUGCCACCAAUUUGGCUAAAAGAACGGGAACUGCUUGUAAAUCUGGAAAUAGCUCUUAACAUUUGUUGUUCCUUACUAUGGCUGUCAACACCUGUGUAGGGUUUUAUUUCUAAAUUUUUUGCAUGUUCUUUUUCUUAGGCUAUUUAAAAGUGAUAUAUUUUUCAUUUCAGAUAUGCAAUCAUCUAUUAAUGAUGAAAUAUUUCACCACUUUGGGAAUUUCAUUAGUUAUGGAAAAUACUUCCUGCAAUUUAAGAUUUUUAAAAUUCACUUUAUUAUUUCCAAUAUUAUUUUGCAUUUCCAAUUAUUUAUCAUUUUAUCAAACUAUUGCUUUUUUAUUUUAUAGCAAGGCUUAAAACAGAUCUGAUAGACCUCCUUAAGAGAUUAAUUUUUUUCUAAAAAUGCAUGAUGAUAGAUAACUACUUAGGCUCAUAGGAGGAAUCAUUAAGAAAAGCUUUAACACUGUUGUCCCUACCUGCUUCCCUUAUACUUUCUCUGUGAAAAUAUAUUAUUUCUAUUUGUAAAAUCUUCCCUGAGUUCAGAACCCAACAUCAUCAGUACCAAAGUCUUGUGCAAUAUAUAUUUAUUAUGCUCCUGAAAUAGAUCUCUUCUUGAUGAGACCCCAACUGCUACAAAAAAAAUCAGUAUUUAUAUUUUACUCAUGAUUCACACCUAUGCUUACAUAAUCAGCAUUUUGAGUGAUUGGAAUUUCUAUCUUAAAGGAUAGGAAGAAAAGGUAAUUUAAUCUAAUUAUUCUGAUUAUCAAAAUUAUUGACUGAUUAUGUGAACUUAAAUGACUGUUGUCUCUGGUUGUAUGUGUGUUUGCUUUUGCUUUGGUUCUUACAUCCAAAAAUAGAGUAUAUAUAUUUAUCUAUUAUUGCCCUUAUUUAUUUUUUCAAGUACUUGAUUUUAAUAAUUGUUCUUAACAAAGAGAGAGAUUUAAUUCAACUGGUGGUGAAUACUUGAACUUGACUGAAUUCAAACCAAAAGUUCUAACCCAUUCAGUUUUUCAGUUUGAAGGAAAAUGUUCGACUUACUUUCCUUGUUCGUGUGAUGAUGACGAUGAAGGGAUUAGCGGAAUAUAAUCAGGACUUUUGAUUUGAUGUGAUGUGAUUUGGUUAUUCAGUGCAUAUAGAGCCUGAUAAAUUUGAGGACAUUUUAAGAAGAUAAUGAAAUCUCAAUCAAUAACUAAAUGAUAAAAUAAGAUUGAUUGGCUUAUACUAGGUACUUUUGUUUUUGAAAUACUUAAUUCAAGUAAUGUAAAAUAUAAUAAUUUGUUUUUAAAGCACCUAAUAUUACAUUGAUAAUUUGUUACUAAAUUUGGUGCUGUGUACAUCAUUGGCAUUCAAAUAUGUAUUGGUUAUCUAGAAAAAGUAGGAAAGCAACUGAUUUUAUCUUGUUCUUGCUCUUUUGCAAGAAAGGUGACUUUUUAAAAGGAAAAUAUAUUUUAAAACUAUUUUGGAAAUUCAUUCCUUUAGAAAGAAAUAAACCUUGAAAUAAGUAUUUUUGACUCUGGAUAUUUCUAUAGUUCUGAACACAGAUUUUAAACCCACCAUCAAAAUGAAGGCAAUGUAAAGCUAUAAUAUUAGUAAGUCUCCAUGUAGAAGUGUCAGUUUUUAUAGCUACUGUUUCAUGCUUAAACCUUCAUUUUUACUUUCAUUAACAUUACCUUUCAUUCGUUAGCUCCUCACUAAAUAAGUAUAUUUAAAAUAUCAAAGUUUUGAACUAAGGGUUGUUAUUCCUUUAGUCAGCAGUUCUUACCUUAUGCUGGCUGCAUGACAGUUAAUUCAACAGCCAGAUUCAGUAUCCCAAAGUAGGUUCUAUAUAUUUCCUUAUACAACAGACAUGAAGUGGAAAUUAGACUACAAACUGCCAUGCUACUUAAAUCUGACCUUUACAGAGGUAUACGUUUCUGUUCUGUGAUUGUAUCCACCUACUUAAAAUACAAAUAAAGACAGAAACUAUCAUUUAUUAAACAAUGAAUUUUUCAUUUAUUAAAUGAUAAGCUUUUGCUAGAUAUUUUAAAUAUUAAAUAUUUUGACUACAUGGAUUAAUUUAAAUGAUUCUAUUAGGCAUUCUAAUAUUUAACAACUCUGUUAAAGCAUUUAUAGAAAAUAAAAGCAAAUUGUUAUAAAUUUUUAAGCAAUUCUAUUUUUGUAGAAGAGAUUAGUGACAAUCUGUAAUUAUAAGAUGUUUGAAUGUAUUGUAUUCUAAAAAUAAAAGUUCUUGUGAAACUUUAAAAGAAUGAAAAAAUAAAUUAGUAGCAUGCAAUUCAUAGAUCCUGCAUUAAAUUCUUAUUUGUGAGAAUUUAAGAAUUACAGAGUUUGCAUUCUUGUGUCCAAAAUGUUAAGGAUUAUUUGCAUUAAUGUAAAACUCAAAAUGGAGUUAUAUGAGUACAAAUCAGUUAGCUCUUGCUUCAGUUAUAUUUUGAUGGCUGUAGCCAGUUGAAAUUAAAUUUUCAUUCCAAUUGUUUGAUUUUGUUAUUUCAUAGACUAGCUCUAUGUUAAGAGAAGUAGCAGUUAGGUUGUUCCCGCCCUUAGGAGUGACCCUGAUAUAUUAUGGAAUACCCUGGACUGUCUUAGUUUUAUCUAGUUUUUAAAGCUGCCCAAUUUAUAGGUGUUUGAAUCAAAUUAUUUUCUCAAUUUUAAUAAUUUGACCCAAAUCAAAUGUUUGCUAGAGUGUCAGUUUUCAACUGCGUACUUCCUCUGAGGCACACUGGGCUCAUGGAGAAUGGUUUUCCGUGGUGUGAAAAGCUGCUCUGCUAUUGGCAGCACCACUUGUUAACAUGCUUUUAGAAGGAUUCUUGUGGAGAUAGAGAGGGGAAAGUAUUGUAGUGCAUGUGUUUUUUCUGUGUAAUUGUCCAGGGAAAUAAAUAUGUUCCAAAAGAGGGUAUCGAAUAAUAUUACAAAUUUUGUUUCUAUAAUAGGUUGCUCGUAACUCCAAAUAUAUAAAUGUGCAUUUGGAUUGGACUUAAGUGGUUCCUUCUGUUGGAUGAAAUGGAAAAGUCCACAUGUUUGCUGACAUCAUUGAUUAUACUUCAUAGAAGUUUAUAUUUUUGUAUGCAUUAGGGAUUCUAUAAGAAACAGACAUAUAAUUUUAUCGGAAGAGUGGCACAGUGUUUCUCAACAGAUACUUGCCAGCACAGCAGUGAGACCUUCCUGUGUCUCUGGGCGCACACACACCCUCCUAGCCUUAAAUAUUGCUGGUGACAAACACAUUAAAGCUACUGAAAAUGAGUUCUUAUGCAACAUACGUGUGAAGGGUAUAGGAACAACAAAAAGGUAGCAUGACCUAGAGUUAGAAGAGACAUUGAGACUACUUUUCCCUUAAAAGCCAUGAUGAUCUUCCCUCAAUCUCGAAGUUUUCUUCCUGAAUCCUUCCAGCCCUUCCAUCUCUUCUUCUAAUACCCCAAAGACUUCAUCAGCACUUCCUUCCCUUAUGCCAACACUUUUCUCUGUCAACUUUUGAGACCUCCCCAUGUAUAUGUAAGCUUCUCAGUUUCAUGAUAAAUUUAAAAGUUGACAAAUAUGUUCUCAUGGAUAAAAAGCAUUGUAGUGAAUUGAAAUUGAACUCAGGCUAUACUUUCUUAAGCAGCUACAGGAAGCAAUUGAACAUUUAAUAAUACCUGUUUACAACAUGAGGCAAAGCUAAUAAUGUUAGGGUUCUAUUAAGAGACGUUUUCUUGUAAUCUCUUGUUUUCUGGAACUGUUUAUCAGUACAAGCUUGGUAACAUGGUUCAGCAGGGGAUUUACAGCAGGCAUGUGAAUUAUCAAAAUGUUCUUUGUAGACCCCAUGAAAGGACUACAGAGGAACUUAUGAGGUGUGGCUCUGGCUUGUGGCAGAAUUAUUUUAGAGUCCUACCCUUUAAUAGGGCAAACUUUUUUACAGUAAUGUUUUUUUGAAAGCAUAUUUACCAGCAAAUAGGUUACUUAGCUUUUUCCAAAGUACAACACCCAAGGUCCUGAACCCCACCCUAUUCUAGACCAGACUUUAUACAGUUGCUUUGAUAAGAAGUCACAUUUUUAUUGGAAGAUGUUUUGAAUAGCAGUGAAGAAUUGAAGGCAGAUCCUAAGGACUGGUUUGUUUGCACUGAAAAUGCCUACACAGCAGGCCCUAUACAUUAGAACAAAAAUAAUGAGAAAUAUUUCUAAAUCUUGAAGAUUUAUAAGUACAAUACCACGGCUGAAAACUCGUUUAACAUUCUCUGUAUAUUUUUUUCUUUAUGAAACUCCUUCUGUAAUUAAGUGUACAUUAGGGUUAUUUGCUACUUCUUGAUUAAUGAAGCCUAAAAAUAUAGCUGUAAUUAAAAUACGCUAUGUAUUUUUUCUGUUCUUGCCUGGAUUGUUUCUGGUAUGAUUAUGUCUACAUUUUACUUAAGGAAUUUUGUUUGGAUAAUACUCUCACCACCUUGUAACUAGAGUAAGUUAUGAGAUCUUUUGGUAAUUAUUAGAAUGUAUAAUAAUGAUAUUUAGACAGAUUUUUAUUUGAGAAAGCUACUUGAAAACUGCAACAAAUGUAAUAGCUAUAGUGAUUCAUACAAUUUUUUCCUGAGAUUAUAUAAUAUAUAAUAUUUAAUUGUAAAGAUUUUUUGAAAGUUUUUCAAAGUACACUUAAUAGCAUUUUGAGAACAUAUCUUUUAAUUUAUUUCCAUAAGGUUGAGGAACUUUUAUUUAUAGAAUGUAAGACUAGGUAAUUUAUAAAUCAGUAUUAUUAGAACUUAACAGUAAUUAAAAUAGCAAUUUAGUAUUCUUUAGGUUGGUUCCUGGUUGGGCUUUGUUUGGAGGGAUAAUCAGUCUUUUUAAGUAUUUCCAUUAAAAUUUUGAAAUGUUUGUAUACUUUAUUUGUAUAUGUGACAUUUUAAAUUAUAUGCAAGUUCUAAGCAAUAAUCUGCAUGUUACUCAAGGUUGGAAUAUUUUGUCAUGACAAUUUUAUUUAAUACGAAUUCUAAGAAUGAUAAAAUCAAUCCUAUAAAUCACUCAUUUCCCCCUGCCCAUGAAAACUUUGAAAUUUUCUUGUACUAGAACACUACUAUAUUGUGGUGCAAAGCUUUGUAUUUUGUGGAAAAAGUUAAUAAAAUCACAAUUAUUUAGUGCAAAA